CUGAUAUAUGUACGUCUUCUACUUAACCUUUUUCUCACGAGGAAUGCCUGCCCUUCCUUCAUCAUAAAAUUCAGUGUCACUCUCUGAGUAUCUUUUUCCCAAUCUUGGGUACUUGGCUGGCUAUCUAGCUUAGCCAUUAAUCACUUCAUAAAGUUCAGUGUCACUCUCUCUUCCAUUGGAGAUCACUGAUCCUCUUUUUACCUCUCGAUCAUCUGAAAUAGGUUUAAUCACUUUUAAUGCACUCUGGGAUUCUUUGAUUAGCAGAACAUUCUCAUGAUCAGGGAGACUCGCGAGUUUGGAUAUAUGGAGAACUCGAUCUCAAAACAUGAGCUUUUUUGUAGUUCAUCACAUGACAAAAUCUAGUUGGAGUAUUGAUAAGAGCUAAGAGCGCCCUUUUGGACUUCUGGAUCACGGUCUACAUUUUUUGACCAAUUGGUUACAUCUGAGGUACUGGUGAUCUUGCUAAUUGGUAAUUUUUUUCUUCAUAGGCUUCAUUGGGUCUUGUUCAACUUUUGUUUCCCCCAAUGAAUAUUUGACGUUUAGCUCCUUUGUUCCCCCCCACCCCCCUCUGUCUCUCUGUCUCUCUCUCUCUCUCUCCACCCUUACAUAAUAUUCUCAAUACAAGUACUCUGCCGUGGACUUUAUAUUACCGAAGCAGUUGGUUAAGUAGGUAAGAAGGUUUUGGUUUCUUAUGCGGGGAGAUUCUGUUUACCUUUGGAUUUGUCUGAUCAGUGAGUAAGAACUUGAUCUAGUUGAAAAUGGGGAAGCUCAACUUUGGGAGGGCGUUAGAGUGUUUUUUUCUUUCAUCUUGUUCAAGCCCUUGCUUCUGCAUGAACUCUAUGGAAAGCCAAGACGAGUUUGAGACUAGGUCAUUGAUCGCAAGUGACAAAGGCCAGCUGCCGAGAUUGAAAGAUUUCGUUGCUGGAAGCCAGACCUUGGCUUUUCAAUUGAAGCCCAAGACGGUGAUGCUAAGGGUGUCCAUGCACUGCCAUGGUUGUGCAAGAAAAGUUGAGAAACACAUCUCAAAGAUUGAAGGAGUGACCUCGUACAAAGUAGACUUGGCAAGCAAGAUGGUGGUUGUCAUCGGAGACAUUCUUCCUUUGGACGUGCUGGAGAGUGUCUCUAAGGUAAAAAACGCAGAGCUUUGGAACUCUCCAUCUUGAUCAAUGAUCGAACAACAGUUUUCGAACCCAAAUUGCUAAUCCACCCACAGAAAGAGAAGAAGACAUUAAACAAAUGCUCUCAUGUAUCUUUUAUGGUUGUCAUUAAUGUACACUACUACAUAUAUCAAAUACGUGUUAGUUCCUGUUUGCUGUCCUGAUCUUCUGCAGGAAGAGGGAAACAAAAGUCUGCAUCCCUCCAUGAAUCUGCAUGCUAUCUUGAGCUCAAAUGCAGUAUCAUGUAAAUAGUUAUUUGCAAACAAAUUAAUAUA